AUGGUUAUUGAUGAGAAAAGUAUUGGUAAUGAGCUUGCCAGUGACAGUUUAUCCGCCUCUCUUUGUAAAUUUACUGAGCUAGUUACCAAACUUCAUGAUUCUAUUGACCACUUUGUUACAAAAUAUCCAGUCUUCGAUGAUAUGAAAUCAAGCUUACUUGACAAUUCAGCAAAUGGGAGUGAUGUUCCUAUUGAGGAUGCUUUUCUGGGCAUACACAAAGACAUACGUUAUUUAACAGACCAUUUGGCUUGUGCGAAUUUCAUUGCUGAAACUCCCAUUCAGCUUCAUCAAUUUAGGUACAAUUUUGUGCAUGAAGAACAAGAGGAUUCGAAAACGAAAGAUAAAUAUGUAUGCAAUUUUGAUUUAAAGGAUGAAUGCAGGAAACUGAAGUCAGUAAUUGAAAACCUCAAAGAACAGAGUGAAGUCAUCAGACAUGCUUUAUCUCAAAAACUGCAAAACGUAGGUGCUGAUUUCCUUCCCGAAGCAAUUUUCCUGUAUAAUGAUGUGUAA